ACACUUCAGUGACAUUGUCUUCUGAUGGUGCCCACAAAUUGCUAUUCAACACAUAUCAGCAGUUUUUGUAUGAGUUGCCAUUGCCUAUAUAAACAUAUUCAAAGACGUAUCUACCACCACAGCUCUCAGCAAACUUGAAAGUAUUCAAAUCUUUCUGUGUUUGAGUUUUUUUUAGUAAUUCUUUCUGUCAUUUCUCAUCUAUACUAAAACUAAAAGAUCAUGGCUAUUCUUCGAAUGAUCAAGAAGUCUUCCACAACUAGAGAUGUUCCCAAGGGUCACUUUGUUGUGUAUGUCGGGGAAACGCAGAAGAAGAGAUUUGUGAUCCCCAUAUCAUUCUUGAGCGAACCUUUAUUUCAAAAAUUGCUUAGUCAAGUUGAAGAAGAAUUUGGCUUCGACCAUCCAAUGGGUGGUGUGACAAUUCCCUGCAGUGAAGAUUUCUUCAUUGAUCUCACAUCUCGAUUGAGGAAGUGAGAAGAGAAACCUGCCUCCAUUUUUUGCUUAGACAAUUUUGUAUAGCUGUACAGUUUAGAGUUAGAAGAAACACUAGGUAGACUAAUGAGUUUCGUUCCAUAAAGAAUGGAUGUCAUUCCCUUGUCUCUUGACUAAGGACACAUUUUUCUACUUCAAAGAAAUUGAAGUAAUGAACCUUUUUA